UGUAAGGUUCGAGGUGGUUCUGAUGAGCACUCCACUUCUCUCUCAAUAUUCAACAGCCUAUCAAGCUAUUCCUGGGAUGCUAAGUUGGUGCUCAUCCUAGCAGCUUUUGCUCUCAACUAUGGAGAAUACCGGCUUCUUUCCCUGAUUUACGCAUCUAAUCGACUUGCCAAAUCAAUGGCAAUUUUAAAGCAGUUGCCUGUCUCCGGCCUGUUGAAACCAGGCUUUGAAGAGCUGAAAAAUCUAGUCAGUAUUAUGCUGGAUAUUGCAAGAUGUAUUGUUGAAUUCAAUGAGCUGCCACCAAAACACUUUUGGCCGGACGUACCAGCAUUCUCCGCUGUCAUGGCUCAAAUCCCAACUGCUGUCUACUGGACCAUCAGGAGUGUUGUCGCUUAUGUAACCCAAAUCACUGCUACUACUAACAUGGGCCAUAAGAAUGGACAGCCUUUACGUUUCCAAAAGUUCGCCAUAUCAAUGAUGGAGGGAUUGGACUUUUCCACCUUGACUCGCAAACUGAACAGCAUAUAUGAACAUCUCAAGGAGCAGAUUGCUAUUUGCUACAAACACAUAGAUGAAAAAAAGGUUGCGGAAUCCUUUCAAAUGCUUGUGAAUCUCUUUGGGACGGUCCAUGUCGACAACAUGAAAGUGCUCGAGGCCCUGAUAUGUGGCAAGGAUGAUCAACUGCCAGUUUUUGAUCGCUAUACUAAAAGAAGGGUCAGCCUGGAUGUGCUGAGAAGCAAGAAUGUCCUAUUGCUGAUAUCAGAACUAGACAUCUCCGAAGAAGAAAUUUGGAUUCUGGAAAUGAUAUUAAUCGGAUCGAGACACCAAGCACCUAGGCAAUAUAGUCAAUAUGAGGUUGUGUGGAUCCCAAUUGUGGACCGCAACAUCCUCUGGAAUGAUUCAAUGCAGAAGCAAUUCGAGACCCUCAAGUUCAGGAUGCCAUGGUACAUGGUGCACCACCCUUCAUUGACUGAGACAGCGGUUAUCAAGUUCAUCAAUGAGGUGUGGAAGUACAGGAACAAGCCUAUGGUUGUUGUAAUUGACCAUCAAGGGAGAGUGGUGUGCCAAAAUGCAAUCCACAUGAUGUGGAUUUGGGGCAGUAGGGCCUUCCCCUUCACCAGCCUCAUAGAGGAAGCUCUGUGGAAGGAAGAGACUUGGAGGAUUGAGCUUCUUGUGGAUAACAUUGAUCCAACGAUACUAGACUGGAUUAAGAAAGGAAAAUGCAUAAUGUUGUAUGGAGGAGAUUACAUUGAAGCGGCCAAGGAGUUUAUGAAAGUUGCUCGAGCUAUUGCACUGGCGGGAGAAAUACCUUUAGAGAUGGUCUACGUAGGGAAAAGCUGCGAAAGGGAGAGUGUCAGGAAAGUCAUAUCCACGAUCACAAAGGAAAAACUGAGCUACUGCUGGCAAGAUAUGACCAUGAUAUGGUUCUUCUGGACAAGAUUAGAGAGCAUGUUAUUCUCGAAGAUGCAAUUAGGCAAUGCUGAUGACCACGACCCCAUUGUCCAAGGAAUUAAAAAGUUACUUAAGUACGACAAAGAGAGUUUCUGGGCGAUGCCAUUUAUGGAAGACGAGAAGAGGGAUACAGAAUACUUUCAAAUGCUUGAGAGUUUCUCUGAGAUGUCUUCUUUUUGA